CAACUAAAUACAAUUAGUGGCACAGGAGAUACACAUAACCUCACGGGGCACCCACAAAUGCCUCCAGCAGUAGACCUAAGUACAGUGAUUAUUCCAACUACGAAAAGAAAACGUAGUGGAAAUACAUUUAAUAUACCUGAAGACAGAUCUAAAAUUUCUAAAAUGCUUAACCAACAAACAAAUAGACACACUAUUCCUUUGUCAAACAGAUUUGAACUACUAGUAGAUGACAGCAUGGAAUUGAACGAGGACAAUGCUCAAACAUCACCGACCAAAAAUCAACAACCAACUAUAAAACAGACACAAAAUCUAGCAGCAAAAAAAGAAAAAAAACCACCACCCAUUGCUAUCCACGGUAAAGUUAAUGAUCAUUCAAAAAUAACAGAACUUAUAAAAUGUUUAGUGAAAGAGAAAUUUUACAUAAAAUAUCAUCAAUUUCACUCUGAGAUCUUCACAACAUCAAUGGUUGAUUAUACCAAGUUAGUUGAGCAUCUAAAAGCCACGAAUGUUAAGUUUCACACUUAUUCACUAAAAAAUGAAAAGAAGAAAACCUUUGUUAUCAAAGGAUUGCACGAAGUAACUAAACCAGAACAUGUUCAAACUGAACUACAGGAAAUUGGUUUUGACAAUACACAGGUUAGUCUAAUGAAAGGCACAAAAUAUCCCAUAUUUAUGGUGGCAGUUACGGCUAACACCCAUCUUAAACAUAGAAUACGUCACACUAAACCUAACAGAUCAGCAGCACUUCCGCCACUCCGAGUCAGGCCUGCAGAAUCCAACACCAACGCCUGGUUCAACAGCAGUAUGCAACAAAAUAACUUAAACGCUAGAAUAAAUCAAGAAAGACUGAACAUUAACAUUAAUAAUAAUUAUCACGUAAGUAAUGAAAUGUCUGAGUUUUUAGAGCUUACCAAUCAAAGGAACUCCAAAAACACCAUAGAUAACAUAAAAAUAUGUAGUUGGAACUCAAACGGUUUGAAAAAUAAAUUAGGAGAAGUCAUCCAAUUUUUAAAUAGUUAUAAAAUUGAUAUAUUUUUAAUUAAUGAAACUAGACUAAGUGAUAAAGAUAAACUUAAAAUCAAAAACUAUAACUGUAUACGCAAAGAUAAAGGUCAUACAGCAGGUGGAGUUGCAAUAUUAAUUAGAAAAGAUUUAGCUUAUAAGGAACUUAGCAUAGACAAUAGUAUUACUAUAGAAUGUAUUUCAAUUAAAUUAGCAAACGAACCAACGCACUAUCCUACCAAUAACUCCACUCCCACCACUAUAGACAUUGCUAUAAAGAAAAAAGUUAGUCAGGUAUCAGACAUGAGAGUCUUGCAUGAACUCAACUCAGAUCACACACCGGUUCUACUAGAACUAGGAUCACAAGAAAGAAACUGUGCUCAGAAAAUAGCCUACGACUACAAAAAAGCGGACUGGACUAAUUUUAGAAAAUACCUUGACCAGAAAACAAUCCUCACAUCAACAAUUAAAAUAAACGAUGAACUAGAUCAAACAAUAUGA